UCGCUGGAGGGCUGGACGCACAAACCUGGCGCUGUGUGUCUCCUCUUUCUGGCAGAGAAUUUAAAGAUGGGAAAGAUGACUGACUUGAUGGGAACUUUGGAUGGAUCCUACAGACAGAAGCCUGGAAAGAGAUGCCUUGUUCAGAGUUUCUGGAAUUGCCAUAUUCCUUAAUGAACUUCAGUGCUUCCCACUCAAGUUUUGGCUUUGCAUAUAAUCAUCUCUGAAAAAGUUUCAGAAUUAUUUAACCCUUUAAGCUUCUUCGUGUUGAAAGUUAAGACCUUCAGUCUGAAGACCUGAGUUGCCUUUCUUCCCUGAAUUCAUUGUCACAUAACACACGAGUGCUAGGAUGUGCAUUUCCCUGCUUGGGUGGGGGGGAGAGAGCAUCACUCUUUUGAACUACUACUCAUUUGAAAGGGUUUCAUUGGCUUGUGUUUAUGCUAUGUUUCGCUGCCUUUAACUUACUUAAAUUUGCAUUUUUCAAAUUGGUGGAUGAGACAUCCAAGUAUCAAAGCAUUUUAUUUGGCCACCUUGAUCAAUGAGUAAUUAGCUGAGGAGCUAUUGAUUAGGCUGUCAAGUCCAUUUUCCUUCUGUUUAAGUGUAUAUUGCCUGCGAUACUGUUCUUUGCAAUGCUGUUUCUCUGCAUGUAGUUUAUUGCCACGACUGAUCAAACUCUUAAAACCACCAGAAGCCUUAGUUGAAUAUUACUGACUUAGUUGCUUGUAGCAUGGAGCGGCUACUGUCUUUCUGCCCUGAACAGCUUACUGUCUGAGUAGACCAGACAGAAAAAAAGGCUCAGGGAAAAGGGAUCCAAGUUGGAGUGGGGGGACCAAGAUGGAGAUUAAGGGAUUUACUCCAAGAUUGUACUAAAAAUAAUGGAGCCCGGGUCUCUUGCGACCCAGUCCAGACCUGCACCCAUAUGUUCUCCCAUCCCAACAAAGCAGACUUCAUGAAUGUCUACCAGGGACUUCCCUUCCCUCACAUUUUUAAACCAGCCAAGAAAUGUGCCAAAGGGGAAGGCGCGGAGUUAAUUCAUUAUUCCAGCUGAGAGUCAAGGCAAGCCUAAGUUGAAAGCAAUUGUGGGUGUCAAAUAUAAGCUCUGAAGGGGGGAGCAGUUCACUCUCGCAUGAUGUAUGUUAGGGCCUUGUUUUAAUUGAAAACACAUGGUGAUGAAGUCUAGGAGGAGGGGACUCAGGGCUGGGAAACUUGUCAGCUCCCUGCAGUUCUGAACCGGGGAGCCUGCACGCCAGCAAACACCAUGCUGGUCAAGUCUGCAGCUCUCCCAGGCUUUCUGCUUUUUCUCCUCUUGCCCGGCAUCUCCUGCUCCUGUCCUAGCCGCUGCUUGUGCUUUCGGACGACGGUAAGAUGCAUGCAUCUGAUGCUGGAAAACAUCCCCGAUGUCCCACCGCAGACCAACGUCCUGGAUUUACGUUUCAACCACAUCAAAGCGAUCCAGCCUGGAGCCUUCAAGAGACUGAAGAACCUCAACACACUGUUACUGAACAAUAACUUGAUCAAACAAAUUGCAAGAAGGUCCUUUGAAGAUCUGGAGAACUUGAAAUACCUCUACCUGUAUAAAAAUGAGAUCCAGAGCAUCCAGCAGCAUGCCUUCAAGGGGCUCCACUCUCUGGAGCAGCUCUACCUCCAUUUCAACAACCUGGAAACCUUGGAACCAGAGACGUUUAGUGACCUGCCCAAACUGGAGCGACUAUUCUUGCACAACAACAGAAUUUCCAAAAUCCAGCCAGGAUCCUUCUCUCAACUGGAAUCCCUCAAACGCCUGCGGCUGGACUCCAAUGCUUUGCUCUGUGAUUGUGACUUGAUGUGGCUGGCUGAACUGCUGAAGAAGUAUGCUGAGCAAGGCAACAUCCAAACCGCGGCUACGUGCGAGAGCCCUCGGGAGCUUCAGGGCCGGUCCAUCACCACCCUGACGACUCAAGAAUUGAACUGUGAGAGCCCUCGCAUUACCUCGGAGCCCCACGAUGCCGACGUCAUGUUGGGGAACACUGUUUACUUCACCUGCAGAGCAGAAGGCAACCCGAAACCCGAAAUCAUCUGGCUGCACAACAAUAACGAGAUAGACAUGAAAGACGACGGACGCCUGAACCUGCUGCAAGAUGGGACCUUGAUGAUCCAAAAUGCCAAGGAGUCUGACAAAGGCGUCUACCAGUGCAGGGCCAAGAAUGUCGCGGGAGAGGUCAAGACGCAGGAAGUCGUUCUGCGCUAUUUCGGCACCCCGUCUAAGCCCAGCUUUGUGAUCCAGCCCCAGAACACGGAAGUGCUGGUUGGGGAAAGCGUCACCUUGGAGUGCGGGGUGUCCGGGCACCCUCCCCCUCGCAUCGGCUGGACGCUGGGCUCGGGCUCCCCACUGCCACGUGACUCCCGCUUCACCAUCACCAGCUCCGGGGGGCUGUACAUCCAGAACGUCACCUUUGCGGACCAGGGACAGUACAAUUGCAAUGCCAGCAACAUGGAAGGGGCCAUUCAAGCGACAGCAAAUAUCAUCGUGCAAGAUUCUCCCAGGUUCUUGGUCGUUCCCACAGAUCAGACUGCGACCGAGGGGCAAAGCGUGGAUUUCCCCUGCUCUGCCGAAGGCCGUCCUCCCCCUGUUAUUGCCUGGACAAGAGCAGGCGGACCAUUGCCGAGUGACCGGCGGCACAGCAUCCUCUCCACUGGCACCUUGCGUGUAGUGAGGGUUGCCUUGCACGACCAAGGCCAGUAUGAAUGCCAUGCCAUCAGCGCCAUCGGUGUGAGGAGUCUCCCUGUGCAUCUGUGGGUGAUGCCACGAGUGGUCCCUGUGUUUCUUCAUCGCCCCCAAGAUGUGGAGGCAGAGACUGGACAGGAUGUUGUGAUCAUCUGUGCUGCCCGCGGGGAUCCACAGCCCACCAUCACCUGGGUCAAAGAGGGCAUUCAGAUCACAGACAGCGGCAAAUUCCACAUGAGCCAAGAUGGGACACUUUCCAUUCGAGACCUGGGGGUGGCUGAUCAGGGCAGAUAUGAAUGCAUUGCCAGGAAUCCCUUUGGGUUCACCUCCAGCACCAUGCAGCUGACCAUCACGGCUACGGACGUUGGUCGGAGUGGUGACACCUUUGUAGCCUCAUCGAUCAAGGAAGCUAUCAGCAGCGUGGACCAUGCUAUCAAUUCGACACGAACUGAGCUGUUCAGCAAGCGACCCAAAACUCCCAAUGACUUGCUGGCGCUCUUCCGCUACCCCCGGGACCCUUACACCCUCGAGACGGCACGGGCAGGCGAGAUCUUCGAAAGGACCUUGCAGCUGAUUCAAGACCACGUCCAGCAGGGUUUAAUUGUGGAUAUGAAUGUCACAGGCUACCGGUACAACGACCUGGUCUCGCCGCACUACCUCAACAUGAUUGCCAACCUGUCUGGCUGCUCUGCCCACCGCCGCACGCCCAACUGCUCCGACAUCUGCUUCCACCAGAAGUACAGGACUCACGACGGCUCCUGCAACAACCUCCAGCACCCGAUGUGGGGGGCUUCUCUCACCGCCUUCCAGCGUCUCCUCAAGCCGGCCUACCAGAACGGCUUCAACCUUCCCCGGGGCUUCUCGCUGGCCGAGGACUCGAGGGAGCUGCCCCUGCCCCUGCCCCGGCUGGUCUCUACGGCCAUGAUAGGGACAGACACCAUCACCCCCGACGAGCAGUUCACGCACAUGCUCAUGCAGUGGGGCCAGUUUCUGGACCACGACAUGGACCAGACGGUGGCAGCCAUCAGCAUGUCACGGUUCUCCGACGGGGCACCCUGCAGCGAGGUGUGCACCAACGACCCGCCGUGCUUCUCCAUCAUGAUCCCGGAGAACGACCCCCGGGUGAGGAACGGGCGCUGCAUGUUCUUCGUCCGCUCCAGCCCCGUGUGCGGCAGUGGGAUGACAUCUCUGCUGAUGAACUCUGUCUACGCCAGGGAGCAGAUUAACCACUUGACCUCUUAUAUCGACGCCUCCAAUGUCUACGGCAGCACGGAGCAGGAGUCUCGAGAGCUGAGGGACCUGAGCAACCCGAAGGGGCUGUUGAAGCAAGGGCGAGUGGUUCCCAGCUCGGGGAAAGCCCUCCUGCCCUUCGCUGUGGGGCCGCCCACGGAGUGCAUGCGGGACGAGAACGAGAGCCCCGUGCCGUGCUUCCUGGCGGGGGAUCACCGCGCUAACGAGCAGCUGGGCCUCACGGCCAUGCACACCCUCUGGUUUCGGGAGCACAACCGCAUCGCCACGCAGCUGCUGGCGCUGAAUCCCCACUGGGACGGGGACACCGUCUACCACGAAGCGCGCAAGCUGGUGGGCGCCCAGAUGCAGCACCUCACCUACGCCCACUGGCUCCCCAAGGUCCUCGGGGAGGCUGGCAUGAAGAUGCUGGGCGACUACAAAGGCUACAGCCCCAACACCAAUGCCGGGAUCCUCAACGCUUUCGCCACGGCGGCCUUCCGCUUCGGGCACACCCUGAUCAACCCCGUCCUGUAUCGCCUGAACGAGUCCUUCCAGCCCAUUCGCCAGGGCCACGUCCCCCUCCACAAGGCCUUCUUCUCCCCUUUCAGGAUCAUGCAGGAAGGGGGCAUCGACCCCCUCCUCCGGGGCCUGUUUGGCAUCCCGGGGAAGAUGCGCGUGCCCUCCGAGCUGCUGAAUAUGGAGCUGACGGAGAAGCUCUUCUCCAUGGCGCACUCCGUCUCGCUCGACCUGGCAGCCAUCAACAUCCAGCGGGGCAGGGACCACGGCAUCCCACCGUACAAUGACUUCAGGGUCUUCUGCAACCUCACGUCGGCACAGGAGUUCGAGGACCUCCGGAAUGAGAUCAAGAACCUGGAAAUCCGGGAGAAGCUCAGGAGCUUAUACGGGACGACCAAAAACAUUGACCUGUUUCCAGCACUGAUGGUAGAAGACCUGGUCCCUGGCACAAGAGUUGGCCCCACGUUGAUGUGCCUGUUAACGACGCAGUUCAGGAGACUCCGGGAUGGAGAUAGGUUUUGGUAUGAAAACCCUGGCGUCUUCACUCCCGCGCAGCUGACGCAGAUCAGGCAGACAUCCCUCGCUCGCAUCGUCUGCGACAACAGCGAUCGCAUCCGGCAGCUCCAGAGGGAUGUUUUCCAGGUGGCUUCUUACCCCCAAGGCAUGGUCAGCUGCGAGGAAAUCCCGGCGGUCGAUCUCCGCCUGUGGCAGGAUUGCUGCGAAGAUUGCAGAUCCCGAGGCCAGUUCCAGGCUCUUUCUCAGCGAUUUCGGGGCAAGAGGUCUCUUGGUUUCAGCUACCCCGAAGAAAACCCCGACAAGCACAAGCCUGCACCCCCCAGCAGUGAGGAGCCUUCCCAGAGCCAUUCCCCAAGGGAAAACCUUGAGUCAGUCGUGGCUGAACUAGAACAGACUGUCUCCGUCCUACAGAAACAGGUUCAUGCAUUGGAAGGCCAGCUGCGGUGGCAUCAGAGGAAUACCACUGCCUACGGAUGGCGGACAAAGACCGGAGAGAAAUGGAGAAAAAGAUGACAAGUUCGCCUGCUCCAAAGAGGUCUGCGGGUAAUCUGGGCACUUCUCCUCCUCCCAGCCAACCUGCUCCACUCCACGAAGGAUCGGCAACUGCCAGCCAGUGAGAACAAGCUGCUCCACCCGGUCUCACGCCUUCUUCACCACUCCACCCAGGGCACUCAAGCUUCUUGCAGGACCUGAUGUUACACUGACUUAUUCACAAGGGCUUUUGACCCUCUUAACCCUCUGGGUGCAUUCCUCAGCCUCAGGUAUGGUGCUCUCCCCAGGUCUGCAAAACCUCCAUGCAAUGCCCUUGGAUGGAAGCAGACCAGCAACCUGCCGCUUUCCCCCAGCAGAGCCCUGGCUCCAAAGGUGGAGACAAGGGAGAACUGCUUUGAUGUGUGCUUUCUUCCUACCAUGCCCAUCCCACCAGCUCUUGCCACAGACAUCCCGGGAACACUUCACGUGCACCUUAGCCAGAUGCAUCAGCAAGGAUUUGCAAAAUCUGAUUUUUGUGUGUACAAGUGUCCUGGCAAUCUUUGGCUGAGCAAAUGAGACGUUCAGAGUGCAACCAGUUGGGCCUGUUGUUAAUGCAAACAGUGAUUGGAAAAAAAAAAACCUGGGUCUGUGGAAAAUAUUUCUACCCUGAGAAUGCAAUGCCAGAAAUAGGAGGGGUUUUGGAUUUACCCAGGAUCAUUUAAAUUCUGGUGGCAUCUCCCAAACUGAAUUGCUGAGUGGGGGAAUCUACUGCUUCCAACUCAACGGCCAAAAAACUUGGCUUUGCCCUGGAUGGUGAGCUCCAAGCAUCUCCCCUUGACAUUUUUAAUUGGGAGGAUAUUUUCCAUUCACCUUUUUGUCCCGUAAUGCCUUUUGUUCAGAGAUACAUUUACAGUGUAAACACAACGGGACUUGAAGAAAAACCUCAGAUAAUUAAAUGUAAUGGCCCUGCUCGUUAAUUCACGGGGGCUGUUGUGUUCUGUCAAUUAACAGCGAGGAGCAUAGAGCACGCUGUGUUUGAUGCCUUAAUGAAUGCGAAGUGGUGUUUGUAUUUAUUGUUCCCAGGUGCUCUGCAGCUAUGCAAGAAAUAUGUAAUCAGCUUUCUAAAAUCUU